AUGACGGGACGGCAGAUCUGGAAGACCACCCUGGAGAGUUUCAAAUUUCUGAUGUAUCUACAAGGAGCCUCUGACGUGAUCAUGUGUAGAGCGUUUCAAUCAACAUUGAAAGGAUUAGCGAGGCAAUGGUUCUCGCCCCUUAAGCCACGAUCCCUUUCUAGUUUUGUAGAUCUGGGAAGAGCUUUCUUGACCAACUUUAUGAGCAGCAGGAUCCAUAAAAAGACUGCGGCAAACAUGUUGGCCAUCAGACAACAAACUGGAGAGUCAAUCAGGGAAUUCCUCACCAGAUUCAACAAUGAGGCUUUGGAAGUGCGAGAUCUGAAUCCAAUGGUGAUGUUCCAAGCUCUCAGCAGUGGCAUCAGAGAUAGGAAGCUGAAAGAGUCUCUGAUCAUGGAAGAACCGACAAACACGUAUGAUCUUUAUUCACGCUGUGAGAAACACAUCAAAUUGGCAGAGGUUCUUGCUGCAGAGCAAGAAAAAGAGUCAAGAAACGAGAGGAAAGGUCAGGAAAGAAAGGAGCAGCUAGUUAGCAGAAACAAAUCAAUAGAGAAUAGAGAGCAAAGAGAGGGGAAGAGGAAAAGAGAUGAUCGAGCAUGGGUUCCGAGGAGCGAUGUGAAGCUAGAACCAACAUACACACCGCUCACGCAUAGGUUUCAUCAAGAUCAUGGACAAGACACUGAAGAGUGUAGACGGUUGAAAGAUGAGAUAGAAGGUUUGAUCCAAAGAGGUCGAUUGAACAAAUUUGUAAAGAGAGAGGGAGGAAGCAGUAAGCAGGAGAGCCAAGAGCAAAAGGUGGAAGGAGAAGAAUCCUCAAACUCAAGGAAAAAUCAAGCACGGACUGUAUGUUUGACAGAAGCAACGAGCAAGAAAAGAAAGGCUGAGCAUCAGAUAACUUUUUCAGAUGAGGAUCUAGCUGACAUCCAGUUGCCGCAUGAUGAUGUACUGGUGGUAAAGAUGAUCGUUCCAAAUUGGUCGGUGGCUCGCAUCUUGGUGGAUAACGAGAGCUUAGUAAACGUCCUGUAUUUUGAUGCAUUCUUGAAGAUGCAAUUAACUCCGGAGAUGCUGAAAAGGAUAGAUUCACCCCUAUAUGGAUUCAAUGGAGCUUCUGUGUAG